AAAAAGAAAAAGACGCUAAAAAUAAAGAAAACAAACGAAAAUUUACAAACAAAUCAAGAAAAUCAAGAAAAAAACAAACAAAACAAAAAGUAAACAAACAAACAAACAAGUCAACAGAAAACGGGGAUGCUAGUGAAGGGGGAACUCCUCUAAAACUUCAUUUCCGUUUUCUUUGCACUGGGAGGAAAUUUCAACGCAUUAACAAGUAGUGAUCUUUCCUCCCUUAUGCCACGCCCUCCCACGCCCACCCACACGCACGCCCACGCCCCUUAGCCACCCACAAUGGCCCUUCACGCCCUCAGUGGCCUCCGCGACACAAUGGCUCAGGCUGUGGGCGGGUGUGUGCGCAGCGGCGAGGACAAGGGAGGAGGAGGAGGCGGCCCCCCAGACCCCCCCACCUCACCCCCCUCCUGGGCAGGACUCAAACAGGGCCUGCACGACCUGCCCUGGCCUGCAUGGGGAAGCCUGAAGGACUCACUCAGGCCGGACUGGGAGUGGACCAAGAACCCCCCCUGGAGGGACCUACCCAGACCAGACAUCAGCACCCCUUCCCUGCAGGACUUCAGGUCAAGUUUGAGUGACCUGAGCCAGAGUUUGCAUGAGCGGGUGACCUCCUGGGGCGAGCGUGUGAGCUGCGCGGCGUGGGGCGGCGAGCAGCGGGGCAGAGGGCGGCGGAGAACCAUGAAGAGAGGCGGCAAGAUGAGGCGCGGGGACUGGUACUCCUCUUGCUUCUGCUUCGUGAAAGGGGCCGGAACCUCCCAAAUAGAACAUGUGGUGUCCGAACAGCCCCCCAUGGUACAAGUGGCGCCGCCCCCCAACAUGACGGAUGACCUCAAGCCAGAGGAAUUGCAAACUAAGGUCACCGAACUCCUGGACGAGUUGGACCUUACCACAGUUCAGAAAAAUGGCAUUCUUAACUUCCCUCCAGAGAAACAACUACAACUUCUGUACGACUACCACACUCUCAAGUCGUCCAACAAGGUUGAAAGAGUGGAAUCCUACAUUGCCAAGCUGGAGGAAUAUUCGGAAAUGCGCGCCCCGACAGACCAGUACCAGGAACACUCGUGGCUCAAGUAUACAGAGGGACUAAGAACAGCGCUGGCCACUCAGAGCAACACCUUCGUCAAUGAGUUUAUAGAGGCGGGCGGUCUGGCAUCCCUUCUCGGUUUCCUCACACAAAUGGAUGACUCGACCUUUCAGUCCAGUAUUCACAUGAAUGUUAUCGCGUGUGUCAAGGCUCUUAUGAAUAAUUCGAACGGACGCAAACACAUCCUGGCGCACCCGACUUGCAUGAAUGGCAUUUCGCAAAGUCUCACCACGGAGCACCUCAAAACAAAGACUCUGGUGCUGGAGAUUCUCGGGGGCGUGUGUCUCCUGCCGGGGGGACACAAGAAGGUCCUGGAGGCGAUGCUACACUUCCAGAAACACGCUGGGGAGAGGACGCGCUUCCAGACACUCAUAGUGGACUUGGAUCGCUCUUUCGGGAACUUCGUGGAUGAACUGGCUCUUAAAAUCGCCGCCAUGUCAUUUAUCAACGCCAUUAUUCGCUGGGGACCCGGGGAGGACUCGCUAGAAUUCCGCCUCCACCUUCGAUACGAGUUCCUGAUGCUCGGUGUCCAGCCAGUCAUCGAGAAACUCAGGGCUCUUCAGAACGAAAUCCUCGACACGCAUCUAGACGCCUUUGAGUUCUACCGCGCGGAGGACGAACGUGAGUGGGCGCGCCGCUAUGAGGAGGUGCACGUGGACACCAAGAGCGCUUCUUCUAUGUUCAAACUCCUGCAGGGGAAACUUCAGUAUUCAGCGGCCUACCCACACUUCCUCUCCCUCCUGCACCACCUUCUGCUGCUGCCUAGUGAUGUGAGCGCGCCAGACCACUGGAUACUCUUUGACAGAAUUCUACAGCAGUUGGUGACCCAGGCAGAGGAUGGAACAGACGGGGAGGUGGCCCUGCUAGACAUCAAUGUGAACAGUAUAGUGAAGCUCAUCGCCAAUGAGAGAGAAUUAACAGAAAGUCGCAGAAAAAUCACAAAAUUAGAGGCAGAUUUUGCAGACGUGGUGACCGACUUGAACAGAAAGGAGCAGGAAUUGUUCUCGACCACACAGGAGAAGGAUGAGGUGACCCAGACACUGCAGCAGGUGAGGGGCCAGCUUGAGGCGGAGGUGAGGGUGUGUGGGGAGACACAGCAGAAGGUGGUGGAGCUGGAGGCAACAGUCGCAUCCCUCACACAACAGCUCAGGGACUUGGCUGCUGGCUCUCUCUCGGAUGACGUCAAAGCUUCCAUCGCUAAGUCUAAGGAUGCAGCGGAACCCCCAAAGGACCGCCAUGCCCUCCGCCACCCCUCCCCUAUGAUGAAUGGCUUCCCCUCCGCCCCCCAUGAUGAACGGUGGGCCUCCUCCUGGCGGCCCUCCACCCCAGGCUCAGGAAAGGCAUUUAAACCCCCUAAACAGGUCCCUAAGUCAGCCAAUCAGCUUCGAGCAUUCAACUGGGCCAAGAUGCCAGAUGGUCGGAUUAACAACACAAUCUUUGCCAGCCUCGAUGAAUCUCCACUCUACAAAUUUAUGGACCUUGAGGACAUCGACAGGACAUUUGAUGCCUCAGCGGGGAAGAAAGCAAAUGGAGAGGGAGAGAAAACGCUGGAGAGGAUGAAGUCACAGCGAAGUCAGCAAAUCAGCGUUCUUGAAAACCGUCGUCAGCAGAACUGUACAAUCUUGCUGUCCAAACUCAAGAUGACCAAUGAGGGACUGAUUAGGGUGCUUCUGAAGAUGGACAGUGACGGAGAGCUCGCCCCGGACAUGGUGGAACAGCUCUUGAAGUUCACACCCACAACAGAGGAGAAGGGAUUGCUGGAGGAGCACUUGGAUGAGAUAGAGAACCUUGCAAGGGCUGACCGCUUCCUCUACGAGAUUUCCAAAAUCGACCACUAUGAGGAGAGACUAAGAUGCCUCCAUUACCAGAAGAAGUUUAGGGAGAGACUGGCAGAGUGUGAGCCCAAAAUGCAGGCUGUUGUGAGCGCCACCAAGGAACUCAAGGGAAGCAAACGCCUUAAGAAAUUCAUUGAGGUUGUCUUAGCCUUUGGAAACUACAUGAAUAAGGGGGCAAGAGGAGGUGCGUAUGGCUUCCGAAUGUCCUCGCUGAACAAACUGACAGAUACCAAGUCGUCACACAAUCGCAGUAUAACUCUCCUCCACUACAUUCUGCGCCUGUGUGAGAAACAGUGGAGGGACAACAACAGGCUAGACGAGGACUUCCCCAAUCUGAAGGAGGCGGCAAAGGUCAACAUCACAGAACUCGAGAGGGAGAUCAGCGCGCUACGUCAAGGGCUGGACUUCAUCGAGAGGGAGGUCACGUGGCACAGAGGUCAAGGGUCGCCUCCCCCUGGUGACCGCUUCCGCCUAGCCAUGAAUGAGUUUACCGCACUGGCCAAGGAUAAAUUCUCCAACCUCGAGAGUUUGUUUACCUUGAUGAAAAGUCAGUUUGAGACAGUGGUGGUCCUAUUCGGAGAGGACUCCAAGACGACUCAGCCGGAGGACUUCUUUGGGACCUUUGACUCGUUCAUAGACACGUUCAGAGAGGCCAAACGGGACCUGGAGAACAUGAGGAAGAAGGAGGAGGAGGAGGAGAGGAAGAAGAAGGAGUUGGAGCGCCGCGAGGUGGAGCGGGAGAGGCGAGCCAGGGAGAGGUCGACACGCGCAGGGGCUGGAGCGGGGCCAGGUGGGGCGGGGGGAGGCUGCCUUCAGGGGGCGGCCGGGGACAGCAGCUCCGGCGGGGAGAAUGAGAAUGAGAACGACUUCGACGACUUAAUCUCGGCGCUGCGUUCCGGCGACGUGUUUGGAAAGGACAUCGACAAAAUGAGGCGGAAGAAGAAGCACUCAUUUGCCGCAGGUUCAAGGGAGAGGGAGAGGGAGAGGGUGACCGGCUCUCACAAGUAUGCAUAAACACUGUCACACUUUUCACACUUGUCUCAAUUUAGCGCCACAGGUACACACACUCACACUGCCUAUCAUGUCAGCCACUCAACGCCACAGGGACAAGAUUUGGUGUUUUCUGCUCAUCUGUGGACAUUUUCAUAGUCUAACCUGGUGUCUGGAUGGCUGGCUAACUGGCUGGCUUGCUGGCUGGCUGGCUGGCUAACUGACUGGCUGGCUAACUGGCUGGGUGUCUGGCUGGCUGGCUGGCUGGCUGUCUGUCUGUAUGGCUGAGAUAGAAUGUUCUGUGUUUGUCUCUCUGUCGUUCAUGUCACAAAAGAAGAACAUUGUAAAUCUUAUUUCUGUGCAUUUAUAGUCCCCUGAAGUGUGUGUGUGUGUGUGUGUGUGUGAGAUGAGGUGAGAUGAGGUGAAACACUUCAGACACCUCAUUUAUUAAGUCUUGCUAGCAUCAAACAAAACACAGCACACACACACACACACACACACACACACACACACACACACACACACACACACACACACACACACACACACACACACACACACACACACACACACACACACACACACACACACACACACUACAGGUGCUCGUGUAACCAAGAACUGCCUUUCCGUUGCUGCUCAAGGCCAGAACAAGUAACCUCCAACAAGCUGAAGCACUGAAUAACUUCCUGGGACCACUCACUCACUCAUGCUUUGCUGCCUCCAACACUGCCACCACCCCUUCACUACCAGGACGCAUUUCCAUUAUUCAGCUUACUGUUUGGCAAUUUUAAACAGCUUCAGAAACUUAUAUGGGGGUUUAAACUAGUGAGGACUCUAGCCAUUAAUCUUCUGAGCCCCAUGGACCCUUGUUAAUGUACAUAAAGUCAUGUAAUCACAGCCAAAACUUGUAAAAAUGCGUCCCAGUGAUGAGGAAAGUGAUGUGGGGUCUGCAGCUAUCUUAUUCUUAAACACAGUUGCGUCUCACCUCCACAAAUCUCAAUACUCUAAAGAUACAGUUAAAAAUACACAAAUUACUAAAAUUGUUCAUACAACACUACACAUUUAAAGAUACACAGAUUCUUAAGGGCAUCUAUACAGCACAUACACAUCAACACAACUGCAUCAACAAGAGAAAGUCAUUAGAACACAGUGAAUCUUUGAGAAUUGUGGAGAGUUAAGUGUUUGAAGAUAUGAGCUUUCUAAUGUCCACUUGUAUCCUUGGUCUGUCCUUCCCUGUGGCCAGAUUGGUGUGUGGUGGGGAGGAGGAGAAGGUUCGGAGAGAAGGUAAUUUGUUUGAGAGAGAGAGAGAGAGAGAGAGAAGGGUUACAGGGAUAAUUUCUAAGGUAAAAAUGGUGGUGGCUUGACAAAUACCACCACCACCACCACUACCACCACAAACAAAAUGAUGAUAACUAAACUACUUAACGACCAAAUAUUUUCACACACACACACACACACACACACAUAUAAUUAUAGCACCCUCGGCAGUGACAGUUCAUCUAUUUUUUCAUUUUGUAUAUCAUAAAGUUACGAGAGGAAUGAAAAAAAAAAAAAAAAGGAAGGAAAAGAAAUUGUGACUUUUUUAUGUAUAAGUUAAGAAAAAAAAACGAAAGUAGGUUUUUUUUAUUAAACCGAUGAUGUUUAUACAAAAAAUUUAAUGAAAUAUAAAACAAAAAAGAUGAAUUUAUAUUGUUGAUAUGGAUUAGAUAAGCAUUAGGACAAAAUUGAACCUUAGGCUAAUAGGACUUUAAGUGUCGUAAUCCCUCGCACGGCACGUUGCGAAAAUACCCUAAAAAAAAAAUAGAUAAAUAAA